AUGUCCGAAGCGAUAUCUCAAGAUCAGCCAAAACUCAGUCUGCAGGCGCUGUUGGAGCAGCGGAUAUUGGUGCUGGAUGGUGCUUACGGAACCGCCCUGCAGGGUUAUGGACUGAGCGAAGCCGAUUAUCGCAACGCUGAGCUGGAUAAAUAUGCAACGCCUUUGAUGGGCAAUCAUGAUCUGCUCUGCCUGACACGGCCAGAAAUUGUGCAGGAAGUGCAUGCGGCUUACCUGUCUGCCGGUGCCGACAUCAUCUCUACCAAUACAUUUUCUGCAACCAGUAUUGCCCAGGCUGAUUUUGGCACUGAAAGUCUGAGCUAUCGUGUCAACGAAGCCGGGGCUCGAAUCGCGCGUGAAGUCGCCGAUCAGUUUUCAAUCCCUGAAAAGCCGCGUUUUGUUGCCGGUAGUGUUGGCCCUACAAACCGUACAGCCAGUUUGUCACCCGAUGUGAACCGGCCUGGUUUUCGUAACGUCAAUUUUGACGAACUGGUAGAGAGCUAUAGUGAAGCUAUUCGCGGUCUGGUUGCCGGCGGCGCUGAUCUUAUUCUUAUUGAAACGGUGUUUGAUACGUUGAAUGCCAAAGCGGCUAUUUUCGCCGCAAUGGCGGUUAACGAUACGUUGUCCGAGCCCAUGCCAUUGAUGAUCUCGGGGACCAUCACGGACGCCAGUGGACGUACCCUCAGCGGUCAGACCUGUGAAGCGUUUCUGAUUUCGAUUGCCCACGCUAACCCCAUAGCCAUUGGUCUGAAUUGCGCUUUAGGUGCCGAGCAAUUGCGUCCUUACAUUGCGGAACUGGCACAAAAAUCAACCGCCGCAAUCAGCGUUCACCCCAACGCGGGGUUGCCCAAUGCGUUUGGUGAGUAUGAUGAAAGUGCCGAACAUAUGGCGACUGUUGUUGGAGAAUUUGUUGAUCAGGGAUGGAUCAAUAUUGUUGGUGGCUGUUGUGGAACCACGCCGGAACAUAUCGCUGCGAUUGCGCAGCGGGUUGCGGGUGUUCAGCCAAGAAUACCUGUUGCGGAAAAUGCCAAUUUGAAGCUGGCGGGUUUAGAAGCCCUGAACGUCACCCCGGAAUCUCUUUUUCUCAACGUUGGGGAACGUACCAAUGUAACCGGUUCUGCGCGGUUUGCGCGUCUGAUACGCGAAAAUGCUUUUGAUCAGGCUUUGGACGUUGCUCGAAAUCAGGUUGAAAACGGCGCGCAGGUUAUCGACGUGAAUAUGGAUGAAGGCAUGCUUGAUGGCGCCGCGGCGAUGGUGGAAUUUCUGAAUCUGAUUGCCUCAGAGCCAGAUAUCGCGCGUGUACCGAUCAUGAUCGAUUCAAGCAAUUGGGACAUCAUCGAAGCCGGUUUGAAAUGUGUGCAGGGCAAGGCGGUUGUUAACUCAAUCAGCCUGAAAGAAGGCGAAGCCACUUUUAUUGAACAUGCACACAAGUGUCGGCGCUAUGGCGCUGCGGUUGUGGUCAUGGCGUUUGACGAAGAUGGCCAGGCGGACACCUACCAACGCAAGAUUGAGAUCUGUGAACGCAGCUAUCGUAUUCUCACGGAAGUUGUUGGGUUACCGGCUACAGACAUCAUAUUUGACCCUAAUAUCUUUGCGAUUGGCACCGGUAUUGAAGAACACAACAACUACGCAGUGGACUAUAUCGAGUCGGUUAAAUGGAUUGCGGAGAAUCUGCCCGGUGCGCGUACUUCCGGUGGUUUAAGUAACGUCUCUUUUGCCUUUCGCGGGAACAACCCCGUGCGUGAGGCUAUUCAUACGGUGUUCCUCUACCACGCAAUUCAGGCGGGUAUGUCCAUGGGUAUUGUGAACCCGGCGCAGCUCGGUAUCUAUGCUGAGAUACCGGAGGCUUUGCGGGAACGGGUCGAAGACCUGGUUCUGAACCGACGACCGGAUGCCACGGAACGUCUUUUAGAUGUGGCUGGUGAAUUCGCCGGCCAAAGCACCGACAGAUCAAAAGAAAAGGAUAUGUCCUGGCGUGAAUUGCCGGUUUCCGAACGUCUUUCCCACGCGCUGGUGAAGGGAAUAACUGAAUUUAUUAUUGAAGAUACAGAAAAUGCGCGUCUUGAAGCAGCAAAACCUCUUGAUGUGAUUGAAGGACCGCUGAUGGCGGGUAUGGGCGUUGUUGGAGAUCUGUUUGGCAGCGGAAAAAUGUUCUUACCUCAGGUUGUAAAAAGCGCCCGGGUAAUGAAGCAAGCUGUUGGACACCUGAUUCCGUUUAUCGAGAAUGAAAAGAAUGGUGCGCCUACCAGCAAAGGCAAAAUCAUCAUGGCCACGGUAAAAGGUGAUGUGCAUGAUAUCGGUAAGAAUAUUGUUGGUGUGGUUCUGCAGUGUAAUAACUACGACAUCAUAGAUCUUGGCGUCAUGGUGCCCGCAGAUAAAAUUCUGCAGGCCGCAGUGGAUGAAAAUGCCAGCGCGAUUGGUUUGUCGGGGCUGAUCACCCCAUCACUUGAUGAAAUGGUCAACAUUGCCAGCGAAAUGCAGCGGCGUCAGAUGAAUAUUCCUCUGCUCAUCGGCGGUGCAACCACGAGUAAGGCACACACUGCCGCUAAAAUUGCACCGGCUUAUGACAACAGCGCAACGGUUUACGUGACCGACGCUUCUCGAGCGGUCAAUGUCGCAAGUGCCCUUCUUUCAAACCCGGAAAGCUAUGCACAAUAUGCUCAGGCAAUUGAGGCUGAAUACAGUACGGUUAGAAAUCGGGUAGAAGCGCGCCGCUCAAAACGCCAGUUUCUGACUUUUGCUGACGCCCAGGCCAAUGCUGCGGCGAUGGCUUGGUCGUCUGACAAUAUUUGUAAGCCGAACAACAUGGGUGUCCACAUAGUUGAACCGCAACUUGCGGAGCUGGUGCCUUAUAUCGACUGGACACCGUUUUUCAUGACCUGGGAGCUCGCCGGUAAAUAUCCCAAAAUUCUGCAGGAUGAGGUGGUUGGCGAAGCUGCACGUGCACUUUUUGAAGAUGCGCAGGCGAUGUUAACCUGGCUGAUAGAAGAUGGCCGGUUAGCUGCCAAAGGCGUUUAUGGUAUCUGGCCAGCAAACCGAUCCGGUGCCAACGACAUUGAGCUGUUUACUGAUGAGGCUCGUGUUGAAUCACUGGCUACGCUGUACCACUUGCGUCAGCAAACGCCAAAACCCGACGACUCUGCGCCAAAUUACUGUUUAUCGGAUUUUAUCGCACCUGAGGGUAUACCGGAUUAUCUGGGCGGCUUUGCGGUGACCACAGGUCUGAAUAUCGACGCCGUGCUUGCCGAACAUGCUGGCGAUGACUACAACGAGAUCAUGAUCAAAGCGCUGGCUGAUCGACUCGCGGAAGCAUUUGCCGAAUAUCUGCAUGAAUAUGUACGCAAAAACGCCUGGGGUUACGCCGCCGAUGAGGCGUUGGAGACGGAGGCUUUAAUCGGCGAAAAAUAUGCGGGCAUUCGUCCUGCCCCUGGCUACCCCGCCUGCCCGGAGCACAGUGAGAAAGAAACGCUGUUUGAACUGUUGGAUGCGACAGCAAAUACAGGUAUCACGCUCACGGACAGCUAUGCCAUGUCACCCGCUGCAGCUGUGAGCGGUUGGUAUUUUGCACACCCGGAGAGCCGUUACUUCGGCAUUGGUAAGAUUGAUAGUGAUCAGGUGGAAGAUUACGCCCGGCGUAAGAAUAUUGACCUGGAGAAGGCGCGGCAGCUGUUGCGCCCUGCGCUGGCUGACUGA